AUGGAGAAGUUCUCGCAGUUUCGCGACAAAGGCUCUGGUAUCGCACCAUUCCUCCCUAUUCCGACCGAGUCUGCAGGCCUGCAACUCCCUUUUCACAUUUUCCUCUUCGUCUGUCGAGUGCCUCUCCUCCUGAUCUUCGCUCUUUCAUACUUCCUGGUCCUCCAAUGGAUGCCUAUAGGAGUGCUGGGCAGGAAGGCUUCGCUAUGGUGCAUACUGGGCUUACCAGGUAUCUGGUGGGUUGAUCUACAAAUCGAUGGAGUGAAAAAGGGGUCUUUGGCAAAGAACAGCGCCAGUCUCCCUCAAGCCGGCUCCAUCAUUGCGUCUUCGAGCGCUUCUCCCAUCGAUGCGCUGUAUCUAUCUGCAAUCUUCGACCCGUUGUUUGUCGCCAGCUAUCCGAGUACCCGACUCGUGCAGCCCAUCUCUCUCUUCACCGCCCUAUGCCGGGCCUUCUCGCGUCCCCAACUCAAUCCUCCCGCGAAAGCGAAACUGGUGGACCUAAAGACAUAUCUGAAGCAAAAUCCAAGUCGCAUUGUUGCCGUCUUUCCCGAAUGCACGACUUCCAACGGGAGAGGAAUACUACCCAUGAGUCCUGCGCUAUUGACUGUGCCACCACGCACCAAGGUGUUCCCCGUCAGCUUGCGAUAUACACCGCCUGAUAUAACCACGCCAAUCCCGCACGCCUACUUUACAUUCCUGUGGAACUUGUGCAGCAAACCAACCCACUGUAUCCGGAUUCGGAUCGCGGAACCAGUAUACAACACUUCAAAGCGAACUCCCGAACCAGUUGUCGCGAAGACUUCAGCUUACGCCACGAAUCAUUUCGACACCUUCGGUACCGACAGUGCGGCAAGCGACGCGGACACGCUCGUGGGCAGCGAAGAGCUCGAAGGCCCCACGACGAACGAAGAGAGAGCGUUUCUCGACAAGGUUGCCGAGGCUCUGGCUAGGCUGGGACGUGUCAAGAGAGUCGGCUUGGGGGUCAAAGAGAAGAUUGCGUUUCUGGUGAUGUGGAAGACAUCGCGGAGAAGGCGAUGA